GAUAACCAUGAGAUCUUAUUAUUGCCUAAUUUUCUUGUAUGUUCACCUACUUUCAUCACAAAACUAUUUUGCUUUUGCUUCUGCCAGUUUAACCAUUACAUCCAUACAGGAAGAAUCUUGGUCAUGUUGGUUCCUUCAAGUGGCGAACGACUACUACGGUGAUGUGGUUGAGUUUGAGGAACAAAAUGACGCUUUUGCUGAUUACCACCCCCGGCGAAGCCUCGAGGUUGACUCCGACGACUUUGAAGACGAAAUUGAUUCGGUGAAACCGGUUCAGCAUUCAGAAAAGGGGUUAGCAAUGCCUCCAGUUGCUGGCCGGCCGUCUGCGACGAUUGAGAGAGAAAGGACAUAUCUUCGCCAUCGGAAACCAGCGCUUAGUCAAACUAGUACGUUUAAGAGGCAGCCUUGCCCGAUUGGUCAAACGUGUUGCCAUUAUUUUGACUUAAAGUCAACAAUGGAUAGGAGGCACCUAUGCCUCAUGUUUGUGUCACCGGUUUGAUCGCUCAUUUCCUAUCCGCUGACAACUAACCGUAUGAAAGGGGCUUCCCUAUUUAUUGGAAACGCGUCAACGGACUUUUCAUGUGGAUGAAAAGAAAGCCCCACACGCUCAUUUGAAUUAGUUCCAACCAAUUAUUGUGGAACACGAGACCUGGGCACCAUAAAUAGACAACCAACCCUCACCAAGUGUACACCAAAACAAAACAAUAACCAUGAGAUCUUAUUAUUGCCUUAUUUUCUUGUAUGUUCACCUACUUUCAUCACAAAACUGUUUUACUCUUGCUUCAGCCAGUUCAACUACUGAAGCGCAAGCCCUCCUGAAAUGGAAAGCCAGCUUACAAAAUCAAACCCAGCCUAUCAACUCAUGGAUGUACCUUCCCAGUACAAAUAAUGCCACCAAUACUUCCAGCAAUCCCAAAGCAAUUGCAAACCCAUGCAUAUGGACGGGUAUCUCGUGCAAUGCUGCUGGAAAUGUCAACAAGAUAAACCUUACCAAUUCUGGUAUACAAGGUACGCUACAUGAAUUCUCAUUCUUGUCAUUCCCUAAUCUUGUAUAUCUAAACCUCAGCUCAAAUAAACUUUUCGAUGUCAUACCACCUGGAAUUAGUUCCCUUUCCAAACUCAUUUAUCUUGAUCUAUCUGUAAAUCAAUUUUCUGGAAAAAUCCCCCCAGAAAUUGGUCUUCUAAGAAGUCUCACAUUUCUCUAUCUCUAUGAAAAUAAUCUUUCCAGCACUAUUCCUAUGGAGAUAGGAAACCUGAAAUCAUUGGUGGAUUUAUGGUUGAGCUACAAUAAACUCAGUGGUUCAAUUCCGACAACAUUAGGUAAUUUAACCAACCUUACCACUCUCCAUCUCCAAACAAAUAAUCUUUCUGGCCCUAUUCCUAUGGAGAUAGGAAACCUGAAAUUAUUGGUGGAUUUAUGGUUGAGCUACAAUAAACUCAGUGGUUCAAUUCCGACAACACUGGGUGAUCUGACCAACCUUACCACUCUCUAUCUCGGUUCCAAUAAUCUUUCUGGCACUAUUCCUAUGGAGAUAGGAAACCUGAAACCAUUGGAGGAUCUAGAUUUGGGCAUCAAUCAACUCAAUGGUUCAAUUCCGACAACAUUAGGUAAUUUAACCAACCUUACCACUCUCCAUCUCCAUACAAAUAAUCUUUCUGGCCCUAUUCCUAUGGAGAUAGGAAACCUGAAAUCAUUGGUGGAUCUAGAGUUGAGCACCAAUCAACUCAGUGGUUCAAUUCCGACAACACUGGGGGAUCUGACCAACCUUGCCACUCUCUAUCUCCAUACAAAUAAUCUUUCUGGCCCUAUUCCUAUGGAGAUAGGAAACCUGAAAUCAUUGGUGGAUCUACAGUUGACCACCAAUCAACUCAUUGGUUCAAUUCCGACAACACUGGGGGAUCUGACCAACCUUACCACUCUCUAUCUCUUUGAAAAUAAUCUUUCUGGCCCUAUUCCUAUGGAGAUAGGAAACCUGAAAUCAUUGGUGGAUCUAGAGUUGAGCACCAAUCAACUCAGUGGUUCAAUUCCGACAACACUGGGGGAUCUGACCAACCUUAUCACUCUCGAUCUUCAUAAAAAUAAUCUUUCUGGCCCUAUUCCUAUGGAGAUAGGAAACCUGAAAUCAUUGGUGCAUCUAGACUUGUCUGCCAAUCAACUCAGUGGUUCAAUUCCGACAACGCUGGGGGAUCUGAUGAACCUUACCACUCUCUAUCUUUAUAGAAAUAAUCUUUCUGGCACUAUUCCUAUGGAGAUAGGAAACCUGAAAUCAUUGGUGGAUCUACACUUGAGCAUCAAUCAACUCAGUGGUUCAAUUCCAACUUCAUUAUGUGACUUGCAUAACUUGAAUAUCUUAUACCUCCGUGACAACCAACUUUCUGGCUCCAUCCCUCCAAAGUUGGGAAAUAUCCAAAAAUUGAUCGAAUUGGAAUUAGAUACAAAUCAACUUUCCGGUUAUUUGCCACAGAACAUUUGCCGAGCUGGAUCGCUUAGACAAUUUGCAGCAGACACCAACCGUCUAACUGGCCCAAUCCCAAAAAGUUUAAAAACCUGCACAAGCUUAUUCAGAUUGCGUCUUGAGCAGAACCAGUUGAAAGGUAACAUAUCUGAAGACUUUGGUGUUUAUCCUAGUCUCAAUUUUAUAGAUUUGAGCAACAAUCAACUUUAUGGUGAAAUCUCACCAAAUUGGGGAUUGUGCAAAAAUUUAACAUCACUACGAAUUGCGGGAAAUAAACUUACUGGUUCUAUACCAGCUGAGAUUGCUACCGCAACCCAAAUUCAAGAGCUGAAUCUUUCAUCAAAUCGUUUAGUCGGGACGAUUCCGAAAGAGUUUGGGAGAUUGACUUCACUGGUGAAGUUGAUGAUGGAUGGCAAUCAACUUUCAGGUCGUGUCCCUUCAGAGUUUGAAUCAUUGGCUAAUCUAGAAUAUCUUGAUCUAUCAACAAACAAAUUCAAUGAUUCAAUUCCAAGCUUUGUAGGUGACUUUCACAAGUUAUAUUACUUGAAUUUGAGCAACAACAAAUUUAGCCAAGAAAUUCCAUUUCAGUUGGGGAAGUUAAUUCAUCUGUCCAAACUAGAUUUGAGUUUUAACACACUUGAAGGUCAGAUACCAUCAUAUAUUAGCAACAUGCAGAGUCUGGAGAUACUGAAUAUAUCCCACAACAAUCUUUCUAGUUUCAUUCCAACCAGUUUUGAAGACAUGCGCGGGUUGUCGUAUGUAGACAUAUCCUACAAUGACUUGGAAGGUCCACUUCCCAACAACAAAGCAUUUCAAGCUGCUACUCAAGAAGCGUUACAAGGGAACAAGGGCUUGUGUGGCAACGCACGAUUUUUGCAACUCUGCAAUAAAGAAAGCCCAAAAAAGGACCAUAAACUCUUAUUUAUGAUAAUCUUCCCUAUUCUUGGAGCAUUUGCGCUUCUAGCCUUUAUAUUUGCAUUGGUAGCAAAACGGCAAAAGAAGUAUCAGCAUGGAGAAAAAACCAACAUGAAUGAAGAAAUUUCUUUUUCUGUAUUAAAGUUUGAUGGAAAGACGAUGUUUGAGGAAAUCGUAAGGGCAACAGAAGAUUUUGAUCCCAUGUAUUGCAUAGGGCAGGGAGAACAGGGAAGAGUCUACAAAGCAACUUUGUCAUCCACUUACACAGUGGCCGUGAAGAAACUCCAUUUGCCAUGCGAUGAUGACAAGAAUCUUCAGAAGGCAUUCUUGAAUGAAAUUAGGGCACUAAUUGAGAUGCGUCACAGAAAUAUUGUGAAGCUUUAUGGUUUCUGUUCAAAUAGGCUACACUCAUUUUUGGUGUAUGAUUAUCUGGAAAAGGGUAGUUUAGCCACAAUGUUUAGCAAAGAUGAGGAAGCUAAAGAACUGGGGUGGAGUAAAAGAGUGAAUAUAGUUAAAGGUGUAGCUCAUGCCUUGUGUUACAUGCAUCACGAUUGUUUGCCACGAAUUGUGCAUCGAGACAUAUCGAGCAAGAAUAUUUUGCUGGAUGAUGAGUAUGAGUCCUGUGUUUCAGACUUUGGCACUGCUAAGUUCUUGAACCCAGACUCAGCUAAUCGGACUGCCCUUGCAGGCACGUAUGGAUAUAUUGCACCAGAGCUGGCUUAUACGAUGGAAGUGAAUGAGAAGUGUGAUGUUUAUAGCUUUGGAGUGGUGACAUUGGAGACAGUUAUGGGAAGACAUCCGGGAGAUCUUCUCUCAUCUCUAUAUUUGGGGGCGUGUUCAUCAUCGUCAACUGCAUUACCAGCCCAUCAAAUGCCAGUUGUGGAUGUUUUGGACCAACGCAUUUCCCCUCCUACAGGUGAAGUUGCAGGAGAAGUUGUCUCUGUUUUGAAGGUAGCAUUUGCUUGCCUGAAUUCCAGUCCUCAAUAUCGUCCAACAAUGAAGCAAGUUUCUCAACACCUCUCAACUAAAAGACUGCAUCUGUCAGAUCCAAUAGCUAUGAUAACUUGCGGUGAAUUGCUUGCUUGUAAUUUUGAAUUUUGAAUCAACAAUGUGCAUCUGUACCCACCAACAUUUCUGUUCAUCCGAUUCUUCUCCCUCCUUUAACUUUUCUACAUCCUCAGAUUCCUUUCAUCCCUCCAAAAGAAAGCAUUUUUCUCCCCCAAUUCCAGGUAAUUUUGAUUCACUGUGAAUUUUGAGAAAUCGGGAACGAUGACCUGGAAAGCAUUUGCUCCUCCUUCACAACUUCCACCGUCUCAGACUGCCCCCAAAUUCCGAUGCGUCUUGCAUCAGACUGCCCCCAACUUGGCGGUCUCCUUCUCCCUCAGUUCCGUCUUCACCUCUGCCAACCUCAUCGCCAUCGCCGCCUCCAGCUUCGGCUUUCUCCCCGGCGCCGUCACCUCCACCAUCACUCAAGUCGCUGUCACUGCCGUCACCAUCGCUUCCACUAAAGUUGAUUUCUUGUGGCCCAAACUCGAAAGACAGCUAGCCCCGGCGAAGCCUCGAGGUCGUAGACGACGACUCUGACGACUUUGAAGAUGACCUUGAUUC